AUGGCCGGCCCACCUCCCUGGAGCACGCGGUGCCCGGGAACAAGCGGUGAACCUGUUCUCCAGAGGAAAGCGGUGCCUCUCCAGGUGCCGGAGCUGCCCGGAGCUGGGAGAAACAACGGAGAUCAGCACAACUGGGUAUUUUUUUCCCAAGAUGGCAACAGAGGAGUGCUGCUUCCCAGUGUGCUCAGAGCUGACUCCGGCACGCUCGGGGUUCCUGGUUCCUGCUGCCUUGGUCAGAUGGAUGCAGCUCUGCAGUUCAUUUCUGUGGGUCCAGUCAGCAGCCGUUCUUACAGACCUACCUCUUGCAGAGAAACCCAGUUGGAUCCCUCACCACUGGCUGAUCAGCAGGAGGUUAUUGGAGGGCAGUGCCAGCACCUGCACUCUGCAGAGUGUAUCUCCACACUUGUAUCAGAUGGAAAAUCCACUGAUUUAAUCCCAUGGAACACCAAGCGCACGGCAACAGAGGCUGGCCGGCCCACGCACCCGAGAUACGGAGCCGUGUCCGGGAACCCGCGGCAGCAAACCCCGGCAGCACGUGGAAGCUACGCCACAGCCGGGCUCCCAAGAGCCGCGUGCAGCCGGGGAGAGCAAAAACCCACGCCGCAAUUGGCGCCCGAACGUGGUGCCGAGGCCAGCGCUGAGCUGAUCGCGUGGACGGAGGUUCACCGCGGAGCUUCAGGAACAACGCCGGGAGCCGCCACCGCCGGCCAGGGGCCGCGCCGCCGCCAAGGGGGGAGCGCCGCCGCCAAGCCAGAGCGGGCAGCGGUCCGCGCCGGACCACAGCUCCGUGCCGGACGGAAACCGAGAGCAGGGGCUCUCCAAAGUACGUCAGUGAAGUCUCCGUCGCCCACGGGGGACCAGACAGUGUGUCCCGCGUGGGACAGGAAGUGCAAACUUUCGCAGCCAGGAGGGCAGAAGAAAGGACACUUCCCGGGACUCCCGGACCCUGGUGGCAGCUUUGCUUUGCAGAGACUUCAGUCUGGAGGCCGAGGCCACGUGGUUGAUCCCUUUGUCUUCCCAAGAUGGAGGGCGGCCACAUGGCAGGGUCUCUUCUUCCCACAACCCCUUUCUGUUCUUUGUUCCCGGUGUCCCCGCCUUUGACCCAACCCCCACCUGCCUCCCUGUGGGCAUGGGCGCCGCCCCCUCGGGAGGUCAGGUUACUCCCUCACCCAUUGUUCCCCCUCGUGUGGGUGUUCCCUCCAGUCCUUUGCAUGUCGUCCCUGCUGAGUCAUCGACUCCGCCCUCCCCCACCGGGGAGAGCUCUGCCAUCUCCACCCCGCUGCCUGAGGGAGGCAGCCCCCGUCCUGUUGCCCUCACCCUGUCCCCAUCUUCCCAUGGGUCCCGGAGAUCCGGGC